UCUUUACCGUAUGCCUCUGCCAUUCUCAUCGUAGAAACGCAGGGGGGCAGGGGGACAGCUCCGCUGCCACGUACAUGCAUAGUAUAUCAUGUUUUUAUCCGUGCUUUUCUCCGCUGGUUACGCCAUCGAGCAAACCUCAGAGGGGCAUAUGUGAUAUACUACUAUGCCGUACGUGGUAUGUAUAGGGCUCGCCCACAUGGUAACACUGCGUUGCACUAAGGCAACACUGCGUUGUAUUCUCGUCAGCUAGCCAUACGAGCCAAGCGACGAGAGUACAGAACGCCAGUAAUGUAUCCGAGUGCACGCGGGUAUGUUAUUCACGGUUAAUGGGUUAAUGCAGUCAUUUAAGUAUAAGUUUUACUCUCGAGUGUUAAGUGUUAUGUUUAGUGCUUUAGUUUUAAUUAGUGUUUAGUAUAUUCAUUUAAUAGACGAGAAGGAGUGAUGAUCUACUCGUCGCCACUCUGGGUAAUGGAAAUGAAUGGAAAUACUCUGAAAUCGGGAUCAAAUAGCAGUAACGAGGAUCUAAGUCAAUACACCGAUGCUGACGAAUCGAUGUCUGCACCUACUGAAAUAUUAGCCGAAUUUCUCUCUGCAUUGAUGUUGAAAGAUUACCCAUCUGCGUUGAAAUUUUGCAAAAUAAUUCUGCAAUACGAACCGAACCACGAAACGGCCAAGCAAUUUUACCCCCUGAUACAAGAAAAGCUAUCAAUUCAGCAAGCCAACCAAAAACACCAAUUGGAUAAUCAAAUCGAAGAAUGCAGCAGCGAAGACGACGAGACGAGUGCGAACAGCGACGAAAAUGGUAACAUUCUGGAGCUGGACGACGCUAGUGACAUUUCAAGCACCGGUAGCGGUGACCAAAGAGAUUCCGAAGAAACCACAGCGAGCUAUUCGAGUCUAGAAGACGAAGUCGUAGAUUCUAAUACGUUAACCGAGACUCAUAAGCUAGAUCAGGUCUCCGAUUCUCAAACUAAUUCCGAUUUCACCGACGAUAAUGGUAAUAUCCCAUCCAUGUCUACGACUACUUCCGAUUCGGAUUCUUUUCCCGAAUGUAAAAAGGUUUCGGCUAAAUUGAAAUCGUUGCUUCCAUAUCGAAAAAGUAAUCGGUAUUCGAAACACGUGCCUAUUUAAAUUGAUGCAAAUUUUAUAGGUGCCCUAUCUUUCUUUAUACAAGAUAUUAUAUUAUAGGUAUGGUACGUAGACCUCAUAUCGUUCAAUUUUAAUGCACCGUCUUCCCAGUUCAUCAAUCGAGGUUUUUUUUCUCCUUUUUUGUAUUCUUCGUACCGAUCUAGAGAAAUACUAAUUGCAUUUUUUUUUUGUAAAAAUAGAAUUCAUUUUUUAUUUUCAUUCAACAAUCUGGUGUUCUUAUCUGAGCAUUUAAAUCUUGUAAUAGCGCAAUUAUUCUUUAUUAUGUAAGUACUACUUAUCUUACUGUUGGUAUGAAUUCAUUCAUCGUAUCGAUAUAUUUACAAGUUUACAACGUAUAAUUUUACUUAAAUGGAGAAUUUAUCGAUAAUCAGUUAGGUACUUUGUACCUAUCUGUGAUUACAUUGCAUUCUUAUACAAUUUCAGUUUGUAAUUUGAUUCAUUUUUUAUUUUUCCGUGAUUAAAUAAAUUCAGUUUUCCACUA